UCUGUGUGUCUGUGUGUCUCAGUGACGAGGACAUGCAGAGCCUGGCCAGCCUGAUGAGUAUGAAGCAAGCUGAUAUCGGCAACCUGGAUGACUUUGAGGAGGAGGACGAGGAGAAUGAGGAGAACAGGGCCAACCAGGAGGAGAAGGCUGCUAAGAUCACAGAGCUGAUCAGUAAGCUGAACUUCCUGGAGGAGGAUCAGGACAAACCCCCUGCCCUCUGCUCCAAUCCCUUCGAAGAUCCGGCUGAUGAUGUUGAUGACCCCUCCCACCUGGAACACACCAAUCACUUCAACCCGUUCGGUGAUGACGAUGAUGGACCCCCCUCCCUGCCCCCCUCCCUCACCCUCCGACAGGACCCAGAGGCCUACUAUGUCCAGGAACCCUCCAACCCCUUCGACGAGGACGAAGUCAACACACACUCGCUCACAGAGUACAACCCGUUUGACGAGCCCGACCAGGACCCAGACCCCGACCCCCAGGGGCCCCAGGUCCAGCAGUCGGAGGCUCCCAAACCCAGGGGGAGGAAGGGGGUCAGGCCGGUGGAUAUGAGCAAGUACCUGUAUGCUGACACCAACCCACCACCAGAGGACCAACUGGAUGAGUGA